UCGUCGUCUCUUAUAGAUUUCGGCUGAAACUGUGUUUACACGGCGGUUCUAGUUUCUCAUUUCUUCUUUCUUUUAAGCUCAAAAAAAAAAAAAAAUUCAUUUCGCUGUAGUUACAAACUGGCAAAGUGACCCACUUGCUUCAGAGGUUCUCUUUAUUUUUCUUUUCUCCCACAAAUUAAACAAUGGUGUUUGGUGGUUGGAGAAGAGUAAACACUCUGUAAAACGUCAAGUCAUCUCUGAAACUGAAAACAAAAACAUUAGUGAGUUCGCAUGGUAGUAAGUAGGUUUUGAGCAUCGAAGAGAGGCUAUUUCGUUUACAAAUGUCAUCAACUCCUGCAGCAGCCAUUGGAGGUGCUGUUGGAGCUCUUGCAUUGAUUGCUCUUUUGUUUCUUGUCCUAUGGUUUUGCAUCUUUCGUCACAAGAAUGCGUCUGAGACAACAGGCUCUUCUGAUCCAUCUUCUCAAGAAGGAAGAAAUGUUGCAAUGGAGUUGUCAAUGAGAGAAUCAAGAAGGUUUGAAAUGGAGGAACUUGCUCAAGCCACCAAGAGUUUCACCCAUAAAAGCCUCAUUGGUACAGGCAAAUUCGGCGAGGUUUACAAAGGUCUGCUUCAAGACGGUGUCCUUGUAGCAAUCAAGAGAAGACACGGUUUGCCUACACAAGAAUUCGUCAACGAGGUUCGGUAUCUAUCGUCUAUCAAGCAUCGUAAUCUUGUAACUCUCUUGGGUUAUUGUCAAGAAAGCAAUAUGCAGUUUCUUGUUUACGAGUACGUUCCUAAUGGAAGUGUUUCCAAUCACCUGUACGGUGCUGGUGGAAGUAGGCUAGAGUUCAGAAAUAGGCUUGCCAUAUCUAUAGGAGCAGCUAAAGGAUUGGCACAUCUUCACUCACUGAGUCCUCGGUUGAUACACAAGGACUUCAAAACUGCAAAUGUUCUUGUGGAUGAAAACUUCAUUGCUAAAGUUGCGGAUGCAGGAGUCCGUAACUUCUUAGGAAGAGAGGAUGCUGGUACAUCGUCUCACGUUGUUGCUGACCACAUCUUCCUCUCUCCAGAGGUUCAAGAGUUCAGAAGCUUUUCAGAGAAAAGUGAUGUCUAUGCUUUUGGGGUAUUCCUCUUGGAAUUAGUAAGUGGAAGAGAAGCAUCAGAACCAUCCCCUUCAAGCUCAACACAAACUCUAGUCGAAUGGAUGCAAAACAUAACGGAUUACACUGAGAUACCCGCAAUGAUCGAUGAGAGACUAGGUGGUACAUACACAGCAGAAGGAGUGGAGGAGGUUAUUACACUGACACUGAUAUGUCUUGAUGUAUCAAGUGAGAAGAGACCAACAAUGAGUUACGUUGUGACGGAGCUUGAGAGAAUAUUGGACAAAGAAGUGAGCUUAACAACAGUAAUGGGUGAAGGUACUCCAACUGUUACUCUUGGUAGUCAGCUUUUUAAAGCAUCAAAGUGAUUACAAAGGAACCAGCUUUACACAUAUAGACAUAUAUUUAUAUAUAAGUUCUCUGAGACAAAACUAAACAGAGAAUUUAAGAGGAGGAGGAAGAAGAAGACUGAUCAGCUGCUUUGUGUUAACUGUAUAAAGAACAGCUGAGCUAUCAUUAUUCGUUCUUUUUAAUUGUUACUUCCUUUUGAUGGUUUAUUUCAGCAUAUAUUUUUUUUUUGAAAAUGAGUACAGAAAUUUGAACAUUGUCAGAACAUUAUUUAUUGAUAUAAAGGAAGCAAAGAGUGUAAUGUUGUGUGAUU